AUGCCCCGCACAGGUAUUAAAAGAGUUCGCACGGGAUGUAAAACUUGCAAGGUUCGGAAAAUAAAAUGCGACGAAGGCAAACCACAGUGCCUAAAAUGCUUCGCAGCAGGAAGACUGUGCGACGGGUAUGAAGAACCUCCGUCAGAUGCAUUACAGCGCAAUACCUUGCUGCGUAUGCAGCCCUCUCAAUUUACCUGGGCAGAACCGAGGGAACUUCGAAAUCUAGAAUGUUUCCGUCAAUUUGUAGCGCCCAUGCUAGCGGGCCCGGUUCCUGCAUAUGCAUUCUGGACCGAUAUCGUCCCUCAAUUGACAGAGCGCGAGCCAAUAGCCAGACAUGCGAUGAUGGCGCUGAGUUCAUUUUUUGUUAGUAUCGGACAAGACUCACCACCUCAAUUCGAGGAUUUAAAAUUCGCUCAGCGCCAUUAUGGCAGCGCUAUUAAACAAAUGAUCUAUGCCAAGCCGGCCGACAUGGACAUCGUCGUGACAGCUUGUAUUCUUUUAAUUGGGGUGGAAUUCCUGCGUGGACACCCUGAAGCCGCCAUUUUCCAUACUCGACACGCCAUGCAGCUUGUCAAGUCUUACAAGCCUAGGGCUGGACUAGAAGCGACCCUUGCAUUAUUCAACGCUUUUAUACUUCUACUUCCGGGUUUCUUCGCAGAUAUGCCACGACCCAUCGAGUAUAAAUCUUCGUGUGGUGUUGCAUCUUUCAACGAUCUGACUCAGGCCAAAGAAGCGCUCACAGAACUUACCAGUCGUACUGUGGAGAUCGCAUUUACCCGAGAAGAACAGCAAAGAACGCGACUGUCAACGCCACUCUCGGAAUCGCAGGAGUCUAUCGAAUUCCUAGAAAAGCGUCUCAACGAGGAUCUCGACGCAUUCUAUGCAGUUCUACUUGGUCUUGAACGAUACGAUGCAAAUAACAAGCGUCGUGGAAAUCGCCUGUUCAAAGCCCGAUGGCUUGUAUGCAAGAUAUGGGCAAAUAAUGGACUUGCUGUCGCUUCUUCUUAUGGUUCACAUGAAUAUUAUUUCUUACGAAUAAUUGACCUUGUCUCUGAGGCUUAUUCUGAGGGUCCGAAGUACAUAUUCGCGAUCGAGUUUGCUACGAUAUUACUUUUUGUGAUACAGCAGUGCCGAGAUGAAGAUAUAAGUAAUGUUGCACUUGGAUUAUUCAAAGAUGCAUGUUGUGCCAAUCCGGAGAGCAUUUCUCGCUCACAUCCUCUGUGUGUGCGUGCCAAAUCGCCUUCCAAUCCCGAAAGCGUCACUUCGACAUGA